UUCCCCCAAGGAAACAACAGCACUGUUUCACCUUCACCUGGAAAUGUGUAUCAGGUUUAGGGUUGUAGGUUUCGCUCUUUUCUGAUUCAUUUCUGAUCAUUUUAUUCUCUAAAACCAACACCUAAAACCUCCACUAAUGGGUGGUCUUUUAGGGUUUGGGUUUAUUGUCUGUUUUACAUUUAUUUCUGUCUUGUUAAUACACCAAGACGUUUCCGUUCUUAGUUAAGUUGAAACUUUCUAGCUCUAAGAACUAAGUGUUUACCUUUUUAUUUUAUUUUUUUAUUUAUUUAAUUUUUUUGCCAAAUCAUAUUAGGUUCUAAAUGAACAAGAUGUCCCAGGAUUCAUAUGACAGCUCAAUGAAUAUAAAUUUUCUAAAAGAAUCCGUGUUAAAAAGACUCGUCGAGUUUCUUGAUAAAGCAAACAAUAAAGGAUGGAGAAAACUUGGGGAGACUGUAAACAGUGACCGGCGUUACAAAGUCAGUUUGGGAAACAUGCAGAUGUGCUCUCUGAAGGUGUUGGAGGCGGAGGGAAGCCCAGCACGCAGUUUGCUGAGACUCAUGGGGGAACAAGGCUGCACAGUUGGGGACCUGAUGGAUUUCCUAAAAAUGAUGGGACACACUGAAGCUCUGCAGUGUCUUAAAUCAGGGAUACAAAUCCUCAUCCAGCCGCAGUCCGUGGCGGUGAUAGUUGGACACAGUGUUCGUCUCAGCUGCUAUGCUGCUGCCACCUCAAGCUCCUCCAUGCAGUACCAGUGGUUCAAAGCAAAAGAAGAGAUUCCUGGUGGCUUCUCUUCUGACCUUGUGCUUAGUUCUGUCCAGCUGACAGACGCUGGCUUCUACAUCUGCAGAGUGAGCUGUGGUGACUUCUUCGAGUUUAGCCGCUGGGUUCAAGUUGAUGUGCUGGAUGUCAGGCCAACAUACGGGUUAAUGUCUAUUCCUUCUGAGGGAAGACUGAGAGUGGUGAUACAGCCCAAACCUCAGUCUUUACUGGUGGGAGAUGUUCUGUAUCUGGAAUGUGGAGCUGUGGGAAAACCACUGCCAUGCUACCAGUGGUACAGAAAUGGGGCUCCUAUAAAGAGUGCCACCAAGAGGAAACUCAGCAUCCCAUAUUUGAUGUUGGAGCACCAGGGAAGAUACCGCUGUGAAAUCUCUUGCAACAGUGAGCGGACCUGGAGUAAUGAAGUAGACAUCCUUAUAGUAAAAGGGCCGAAGACAGCCUUCCAGUUUACAGGGGCAACGGAGUGUUCUGAAGAUGAUUUCAUAGCCAUUGGACAGUAUAACAGUCCUGAGAAGCCUUAUGCCACAGACAAAGUGGCCUUGCUGAUAGGGAACAUGUCUUAUCAGAACCACCCUAAGCUGAAAGCGCCCAUGGUGGAUGUGUACGACCUCACCAACCUGCUUCGCCAGCUCAACUUUAAAGUGGUCUCACUGCUGGACCUGACUGAGUCAGAGAUGCGUAACGCUGUAGACGAGUUUCUCUCUCUGCUGCACAAAGGCGUUUACGGCCUGUUGUACUAUGCUGGACACGGGUAUGAGAACUUUGGAAAUAGCUUCAUGGUGCCGGUUGAUGCCCCAAACCCGUACCGAUCAGCAAACUGCUUGUGUGUGCAAAGCAUUCUGAAACUGAUGCAGGAAAAAGAGACUGGCCUUAAUGUCUUCCUUCUCGAUAUGUGCAGGAAAAGAAACUUUCAUGAUAAGGACAUGCCAAAUGUUACACUCAAAGUCACAGCCAACAUCGUGUUUGGUUAUGCUACCUGUCAAGAUGCAGAAGCUUUUGAGUUAAGCUCCAGUGGAUUCACCAAUGGUGUCUUCAUCAAGUUUCUAAAAGAGCGCCUUCUGGAAGAUGAAAAAAUUACUGUGCUCCUGGACAGAGUGGCAGAAGACAUGGGCCAGUUUGAUCCUACUAAGGGGAAGCAGGCUCUUGAGAUCCGCAGUAGCCUGUCAGAAAGACGCUCACUGACUGACCCCAUCCUGCCUGUAGAGUGUUCAGAUCUGUUCCAAGCUCACAGCCUCCUCUGGGCUAAAGCGCAUGAGCUACCAGAAAGCAUGACUUUGGACUUUGAAUGUGGCGUUCAGCUAAAGCUGGGAUUUGCAGCUGAGUUCUCCAAUGUUCUGGUCAUCUACACCAACAUUGUAAAGAAGCCAGAGGAGAUGUCCUCAUGUCAAGCUCACCUCAUCAACCUUUCAGACCUUGACCCAAAGAUGAUGAAUAAAGAAACCCCAGAGGAAACAGGAAGUUACUUGCUCUCAAACAGCCUUCCCCAGCACUGCCUUUAUACCAGACUCAGUUCUCUACAGAAACUUAAGGAGAACCUGGUUUUCACAGUCUGUCUGCAGGCUGAAUUUACAUCUUUAGAUGAGCAGGUACAGUGGAAGAAAGAGGUGGACAUUGGCAAGCCCCUAAUAGCAAAGCUGGACCUGCACAAGCCCAUCAGGAGGAACAGCUGUCAACUGACCUGCCUAAUGCCCCAUAGCCCAUCCACCAGCCCAAGCCUGAGCCCAGGAGCCGAGCGACUGCUCCUCCAGGGCAUCCCCUGUCACCACUCACAGUCCAGCAGCCCCUUCCUUCACGUCUGUGAGCCUUUACACAGAACUGCUGGGGCUUAUGGAGACUCUCAGCAGGAUGAUUAUGCAUAUCACUAUGAUGAUAAUUCCGAUUCACCUUAUAUGCGUCUCCCCAGUGUGCCCAUUGAAGCCACUGAAGAUGUUGAGGAUAUGCAGAAUAGGUUCAUGGAUAGCUUACAUUUAUACCAGCCUUGAACUACAGAUGCUGGGACAAAACCCAGGAAAGAAAUAUAUUUUCUUUCAUGUUAAAUGUCUUAGAUUAUGUGAUAAUGUUAAAUAUUAGUUGCUGUAUAUAAACUGUUAUAUUAUCUCUUACAUACAAUGCACUAUAAUAUGGGAUAUUUUGAAUCUGAUAGUGGUUCACACUCCUUAUUCAUAUUGCGGGUGACCAUUUACGUGGACUAAUGUGUAUUUUCCUAAAUGUUUGCAUUGUUUUUGAUUAAGAAAGGUGCAUGAGAAUGAUGCUACAUGGCAUUAAUUAGAAUAUCAUUAUUUAAAAUGCCAUAUUCUAAAUAACGGAGAAAAGAUGUUAUGCUGUUUAAUAUAUAGUAUGUAACCAAAGAAUAUAUUCUCCAUAGUAUCCAAUAAAAAGGAAAACAAAAAAAAA